AUGGAACCACAACAAUUUAAGAGAACAUAUGUAUUAAAAGGAUAUUACGAUAAAGAAGUCGUUGCUUUUACAUUAGAAAAUGUGUUUUCAAAAGAGGAAUGUGAACAAUGGAUUGCUUUAACAGAGAAACAAGGAUAUGAACCAGCUUUGGUUAAUGUUGGAUAUGGUAAACAAGUGUUGAUGACCGAUGUAAGAAAUAAUGAUAGAUGUAUUAUAGAUAGCGAGGAGAUGGCAAAUAAGAUAUACGAUAGAAUCAAACAUUUGUUGCCUGCCGAUUUCCACAAUCACGAUAUGAUUGAGUUAAAUGAGAGACUGCGUUUCUUGAGAUACCGUGGUAAAGAUCAAAAGUUUGAACCUCAUCAAGAUGGAUCGUACCAACGUACUGACGGACCUAAGAGAGGUGAUCGCUCACUUGUCACUCUUCAGCUGUAUUUGAACGAUGUCGAGCAAGGCGGUGAAACUACAUUCUUUACUGGCAGUUGGAGGGAUGAAAAGCGAGUUCCUGUCAAUCCAAAGGCCGGUAUGGUUCUAGUUUUCCAACAUAAUCUUCUCCAUGAAGGUAGUCCAUGUACAAAAGGUGUUAAAUAUGUCAUGAGAACCGAUGUCAUGUAUAGAGAAAGAUCAACAUUAAAGAAAUAA